AAUAUUACGGAUAAGAAGCUUCAAUUACCUAAUCUUCUAUCAGUUCUUGAAACUGCAAUUAACCUUUCAUAUCUUAAGAAAGCUGCAUCUAAGCAUGAAGAAUUUGAAGAAUGUACAGAUAAUUAUAUAGUCGAGAGUUGCAUUAAGAAGGUGAUUAAAGGUAAAAGGAGAAAUUCAGUUCGUGAGGCGCAAAAGUUCUCCACACCAGAAAAAUGCGAUGAUAUAAUGUCUAAUCAAAAGGAUCUUUUGAAAUUAAAGACAGCACUCACUACUGGCUACCUCAAUAUCACUGCACCGCAUUAUAAAAAACAAUGGGAAGAUAAACAUAAUAAAGCUC